ACCCAAACAACCCCUAAAACCCCUUAAAUUAAUAGAAAAUAGCAAACCAGGGAAAAAGGACAGGCGUGAUAGCUCUCUCAGAUAAAAUCCCUUCUUUGCUUACUGUAUUUAGGUCUCUCUCUCUUCAGUCUAGAGAGAGAAAGCAUAUGCAGAUAUGUUACUGCAAAGACAAUAGUGUCUUCUUCUCAGAAGAAGAUGGCUUCACAAGAACAAGAAAAACAGCUGCAAAACCCUAUGUCUGUUCUUGAUGGUCUGUACUGUGAGGAAGGGCAUUUUGAGGAAGAUUUGGGUGGGUAUGGUUUUGAAGAAGAGAGUGGGACCUGUGAUGGGAAUGUGUACAAACCCUUGGUCUUAUCUGAACUUGACCUGUAUUGGGAAGAUGAUGAGCUUGUGUCUCUGCUCUCCAAAGAGAAAAAUACCCAUUUGGGUGAGAGUGAUUUGGGCUCAGAUGGAUCUGUAAUGGUGGCAAGAAGAGAGGCUGUUGAGUGGAUUUUGAGGGUCAAUGCCCAUUUUGGUUUCACUGCUUUGACCACCGUUUUAGCUGUUGAUUACUUCGAUAGGUUCAAAUCAAGCUUUUGCUUCCAAAGAGACAAGCCAUGGAUGAGUCAAUUAGCUGCUGUUGCUUGUUUGUCUUUAGCUGCCAAAGUUGAGGAGACCCAAGUGCCUCUUCUUCUAGACCUGCAAGUGGAGGGAUCAAAGUAUGUGUUUGAAGCAAAGACCAUUCAGAGAAUGGAGCUUCUGGUGCUCUCUGCUCUUCAAUGGAGGAUGAAUCCUGUGACCCCACUUUCAUUCUUUGAUCACAUUGUAAGGAGGCUUGGACUGAAAACCCAUUUGCAUUUCGAGUUCUUAUGGAGGUGUGAGCGCCUCAUUCUCUCUGUCAUCACUGAUGCAAGGUUUCUGAGUUAUCUUCCAUCUGAGUUGGCUACUGUGACAAUGUUACAUGUUAUUGAAGAGAUUGAGCCUUGUAAUGCAUUGGACUACCAAAAUCAGCUUAUGGGUGUUCUCAAAAUCAACAAGGACAAAGCGGAUGACUGCUAUAAACUCAUACUGGAACUAUCAGGCAACCAUGGUUCUUAUAAGCAAUACCAAACUCACAAACGCAAGUAUCAGUCUGCACCAGGCAGCCCAAAUGGUGUCAUCGAUGCAUAUUUCAGCUCCGACAGCUCGAAUGAUUCGUGGGAUGUAGCAUCAUCAGUCUCGUCAUCGCCCAAACGUCUGUUCAAGAAGAGCAGAAACCAGGAUCAGCAGAUGAGGUUGGCUCGACUGAACCCUGUGUCUGUAGGUGUGUUUGGGGGGCACGGUUGAUCUUUCGUACUCUAUUAUCUACUAUUUUUGGCCAUGGUAUUAUACAUUCUCUCUUUUGCAUAUUAAUUGCAGUUGAUGUUCUUAAGGUGCAACUAUAUGCAUUCCAUGAUAUAUCACUGUAAUUCUGGCCUAUGCUAUGUGUAGCAGACAGAUGCGAAACACUCACUCCACUGCUUAUAUAUUUAGGGUGGUGGGUGAGAAGAGAAUUGAGUUGAAUUUUCCUUGAGUUGCAUAUACAA